AUGAACGCAACUAGAGUUCUCCUCCAGCAGCGCCAGCCGAUGAUCCGCUUCCUAGGGAAGCGCACCACUCCUUCUCACAUUGACCACACACCCCACGCCCACCCCGCCUCCCCCUCUGGCUCCCUUCCCGAAUCCUUCGCCGCCUACCGCCAAAAGGCUCAGCAGCACGGUCCUCUCAACCAAAGAAGCUCCUUCUCCAGCUCCGGCCACAUCGGCGGCCGGCCUGGCGCUUCGCUCGGUCCUGUCGAGCCACAGAGCGGCGUCUACUUUGAUCGCAGCGAGUUGCCUGCACGGUUCCAGCGUCUGGCUUGGACCCAGGCCGAGAUUGAGGCUGUGGAGAGCGGGGGUGCCAGUUUGUUUGCUUAA